AGCAGCCAUCUCUGUGACGACUUUUACCCCCGAAAAACCUCACAUUUUUUUUGGAAGCGUACGUUCCUCAUAGGGAACAUGCCUGGUGAUGUCAUGACCACCGGAGUCGCGCAACAUUUUGUCAGUAUUUUUGAGUGAUAUGAAUUUUAUAUAUUAUUACCCUGCGUUUCAUAUUUCAGUUUAUCGUAUUAAUGUGUAAAUUGAAAAUUUAUUUAGACCUUUUUCUUGAUUUCCAAUCCAGCAAUGAGCCUUCGGAACAAGAGUACCAGUGGUUCUGCCAACUCAGCCUUCCCGAUGCAGAAGCGACAAAAGCAGCGGGAGGGCCAGGUGCUGUUCCGCAUCCGGCGGGGGUUCUGCGAUCUGGACGAGUCCGCGAUAACCGUCACCGCGGCCGAUCUGGUGGCGAAGACGGGCAGAAUACGGCUCAAAACGGUCGAGGACUUACUGAAGAAAGUGGUGGUGCCGAAAAUUGGUACGCACCGGGUUUUUCUGCAACUUAUCUCCUUUAAGUCGGGCGAAAGGCUCCCGUUGGUGACGCCAAUGGCCUACAUUUUGAAUCACGUGGUGAACGUCAGCUGGAAAAAGGACGCGACGGUGAGCAACGCGCAGGUGAACCUGUUCACGGAGGAACAGGAUUUUUUACCCGUCGACGCGGUAUUGUUGUCACCGGAAGAUAGUGGGUUUCAGCAACAUUAUGGUACUGCAUCCGCGUCCGCUUCGGAGCAAGAAGAACCAGACGUGGAUCUUUGCGUGAUGGUGACGCAAAAAGCAUUAAAUUUCGAGUGGGGCGCGACGGAAAGAGGGUUGCGGGUGAAACGCACCCCUGCGGCAGCGCCGACCGCCUUGGUGUGUAGUUUCCCGCCGAGAACGACGGGGACUACUAGUCCUGCUGAGACGAGGGAAAAAAGCGCCGCCGCAUCUUCAUCCGGAGAAGUGAAGGCAGCUUCUGAAGAGUCUUCUGCAAGAAAGGACACUUUUCCUGCUGGAGGAGCUCUUUCCACUGAGAGUAUACCGGAACAGGAUAAAGCGCCACCGAAUCUUCAAGGCGGCGGGGAGAGCUCCUCACCUCUGUCGGCAAAAGCAGGUGGGAAAAUGAACACCAGCAGUUCUGCUCCGCCAAACUCAAUAUCAAGCCCCAACAAGGAAAAUAACAGUUCGUCGUCAUCUCCAGCCGCGGCACCUAGCUCCGCCGAAGAGGUGUUUCAAAUCAACGUGACCUCCGAAGACGCGGACAAUAUGCCGGAACUGAUUGGCAUCCUCCUCGAAGACGCCAUCACCUGCCUGCCCAAGCAAAUCCGCGCCACCGCGAGUGGCGCCGAGCUGCUGCAGAAGAUCCGGGCGUCCGUGUGGAAAAAUCUCCCGUUUGACCUGGUCUCGCAGCCACCGUAUUUGAAACUGCGGUACCGAAACAUGGACAGUGACGAUGAUGACCAUUUCGACAGCGGCUCCAUGCGCCCGACAAAUCUCUUUCACGUGGCCUGUUCGCUCGGGGAGCUGCAGGCGGUCUUGGAGAUGCUGCUGGAGUUGUUCGAGGAACUGAAGCUGGACGGGACGACACUGGAGAACUGCGUGAAAGAAUUGUGUUCAAACGCGUUUGUAGAACAAACGGAAAGCAUAAAAAGCAGUGAAGAAACAAGAAGGAAAGAAACAACUUCUGGAGUUGAUGAGGACUUUGAAGAGCUGCAGGGAGCAGGCGGUGCUGAAGACGAUAUCGAUGGUUUUAUGCCCACAAAUGAGACCAGCGACGGCACGACCUCCGACGCGGCGUUGCAACAGCACUUGCUAGCUUCCGCGGUAAUUACGGGACGAGUAGGAGCAACAGCCACUUAUAAUCCUCUAUCCAGUGCCGAAUCGGGCACCGCGACAGACGCGGACACCGUGCUGUCCAGGAGGGAACUACAGGCCGAGGGCCACUAUUACAGUUCCACCAUGGGCGAGACAACCACGCAGUCCGAAGCAGAGCAGCCGCUUGGAGGGGCGGCUGUUAAAGUACUAGGCGAGGAAGAUGGUGCACAACGUUCGCAAACGACCCUAAAUAAAGAUCAGGAAGAAACUAACGACUCUACAAAAGGAGCAAAGCUUGACAAGGAAGUACUAGAUGCAAAUCCGGCCACUACGACUUCCACUGCACCGCCGAACAAGGGCCGGGGCCGCCGAAACAACCGCCGGGGCUCGUGGAAGAAACGGCAAAAAGAAAAGGAAAAAGAGAAGAAAUCGAAGGAGGAGAGCCGGUGGCAAACGUUGAGUUGCGGCAAAGAGCGGCAAAAUAUCACGGUGACAGACUUGGACCUCGUGCUCGGACUGUUUUUUUCCAGCGCAAGUGACCAGCUCGGGGUAAGGAGGAGUUAUAUUUUUCUUAGUUGUAGCUAGGCUCUUUCUCUUGUACUACGCAAAAAUGAAUCGCUUGUGGAUGGAUUUAAUGACGAGCGUGCGGUGCUUUCUUUCCAUCUGUUUGAUGACAGAUGGUUCGAGUGUAUUUCUAUCGUCACGACUGGUCCUUCAAAUAUUGAUAUAAGUACCUCCCUAGAAAAUCAAAACCACCACUACGUACAGGUCUUCCGCCUACUUCUCACCGCUAUCAAGGAGCUCCUAAAGCACAAGAAACUCUUCGCGCCGCAGAUCACCUUUUCGGACGUUUUGAACGCAACCAUCAUCGUGAAGCCGCAGGAGAGCAACGAAAACAAACAGCAGCACAAGCGCGGGCGCAAUCGGAUGAACAGGAGGGUGCAGCGCUUGGAAAGCUUGAAGCCUGUGGAAUACAUUUGGGUCAACGGGAAGAUCCAAACGGUGGAACAGGAGCAGUGGCUGAUGAACGAAAAUAUGAAAGAGCACAACAGCCCAGAGGGAACAGGCUCGAGUAGCAACUUCCACCCGCUGGCGCUGCUGAACCAAAUCGUCAACGAGGAGGCGAUUUGCUGUCUCAAGGAGCUCUUGGAAUUCAGUCACAAGCAGACCCAGCAGAGUUCUUCUUCAUCAUCCGCCUUUCCCGAGCUCAUUCUGGAAACGGAUUUCCAAAAUCUGAUAACGCGGGACUUCGCCGCCGAGUACUACCGCAGCGGAAUUCAUACAAGUGCGGACGGCAGCCGGGCAAACACUGUCGGGUCUGCCGACACGCAUUUGCUGCACUGGGUUCUAGAAAACGUGGACGAGUGGCGGUUGCUAUCCCUGGUGAAGAUCCUCGCACCUACCUACGCCCGGAAGUGCAGAAUGGAGCAGCGGAAGUACAAAGCAGACCACCUUGGUUUAACACCAUCGUCAAAUAAGGCCAACACUUCAUCUGUAGUCGCAAGAGGGCCUGGAUCUGGAUCUGCUUUCUCCACCGCGCCGCCCGCGGCAAAACUGGAGCAAGAAGAAGACAACUCCAUACCAUGGGUAGACAUACACAUAUCUUCACGUCACGAUCCUUCAGUGGCGAAGGAAAAACAAGCAGAGCAAGCGUCUGCAUCUAGUUCCGCUGCGCAAGGAAAUGAUCAAGAUGGAGCGGUUGCUAAAGAUGCAACAGGAACAAACAUUUCCGCUGCAGCUGCUGAUGCAGUUCCAGCAGAACCUGCAAAGGACGAAACACUUCUUCCAACAUCAAGUAACAACAGCGUGGUCAAGCCGCCCAGCCCGAAUCCCGUCCUCAAAGAUAACUCCGUGUGCAGCUCUUGCGGGAAUCAGACUGCGAGUGCAAUGGAGCUCGUCACCGAGACAUUCCUCUACGAUUUUAAGUAUAACGCGAUCUACUCCCUGUGCAAUCGCGUGGACAAUUUCCAGGACGCGGAAAAGGUCGUGCCGGUGUUGCGCUGCCUACACAAGAACGGGGUCAAUCUGAAAGCGAAAAACAACAUGAUGACCCGGGAAACGGCCCUGCACAAGCUGGCGAAACGGUCGUGGGCGCGGGUGGAGGCCGGCGCGCGGAUGGUGGAGGAACUCAGCCGGCUGGAACCCAGUCUUCUCAGCUGCAAAAACCUGCAGGGGUUGACGCCACUGCACCUGUGGGCGCAGCACACGAGCGGGCACUACGGGUCGAGUCACGCGAGCAGCAGCAGUUCUAGCUCCUCGUCCCGGGCGAAGAUUUCCAUCGAGGAGCGCGUUCUCCACGCACUCCUUCCGGCGGACAAGUUUGAGCUCUGCGAGCCGUGCGGCCACGACCAGCGCACCGUGCUGCACCGGUUGGCGACCCGGGGCCUCGCCUGGGGCGGGCGCAGCACGUGGACCGACGCGGACACGGGGGCGUCAACGUGGUCGUUGGCAGGGGUCACGGAUUUCAUCUUGUUAAGAGCCGGAAGGGAAUGCGCGGUAAACCUGUUGAACGCGCGGGACUGCAAACAGCGCACGGCUUUGGUCUUGGCGUGCAAAAGAGGGCACGACGAAAUCGUGCGGUACUUGCUGCCGCGGAUGAACCUCCGCGGGUUGCAACUCGCGGAUUUGCGAAAGAAAACCGCGUACUUGUACGCGGUGCGGAGUGUGGCGCCCAAGGAGGUGCUGUACGCGUUUGAGAAAAGGCUGGCGAACGAAAAACUGCCGCUCGGGUGCAAGGACAGAGAGACAAAGGUACUUACUACGUGGUACUUGAUGGUUUUUGAAAAUGUUUGCGAGUUCAUUUCUCGCUUGAUUUUGAUAUCUACGGUAUGUGGCUUUGAAUUGCACUCACGGUUGCAGCUUUAGUUACUGGCAAAGAACAAGCACACGGUCCUCGUCCAUUUUCGAAAAUACAAACUCGAACUCCACUCCAGGCCGAGCUUUCCGAAGUUCUUCGCCUAAACGACGAGGCAACAACAGCAGCAGCGUCGGAGGAGCAGCAAGACGUCCCCGGGGGUGUUGACGUAUCAACUGUAAAAAUGUCUGGGUCUGGAAGAUUCUGACACUUGUCAUGCACGUUUUGCAUGAGCCAUGAUGUCUGUGAUGCAUCCCCUAGCCAUACAGAUUUUUUGAGGGCUUCUUGAUGCCUAUUCCGCAUGACAAAUGCCUUCUCAGCGUAGCAAAAACUGUAUUCCCUUUGCUGCUCAUGCAAUACAGAUUUUUUUGGAAUCCAAAUUCAGCAUCACAAGUUCCAAUCCUCCAGACCCAGAAAUUUUUACAGUUGAUACGACCUCUCCUUUCACGAUUCGGACGGCGCGGCGUCCGAUAUUUCCGCCAACUUUAUCCUGUGCAAAAGUAUCGUACUCGUAUAAAUGCAAGUCUUGCAUUACAAAUAUUUUUCUUAAGGUAAAUCAGCAUGACAAAUUUUAUUUGUCAUGCUGAGAAAAUUUGUAAUGCAUUUAUACGAAUACGAUACAUACUUUUGCAGUUCAUAAACUUUUCUAGUUCGCAAAAUUCCAGCGAUGCAACGAGCGACGACGACGAUGACGACGACGGGGAUGACGACAGCGACUUUUCGGACGACAGCGAUGAUUCCUCGGGCGAUGGGGGGGACUACGAUGAAGGCUGGUAGAUCAACUGGAUUCGAAAAUCAGAAUUAUUCCGCGGUGUUGUAGAGUAUAGUGAUGGGGAAGUUUUUGCGCAUGGCGUCGAGGCUUCACGUCCAAUCCAAAAUCAAGUGUGCCUCUACUCCGGCGAGUCUUUCUCGAAGCCGCUUGAUCUGCCCUAGUGGCGUAUCAUCUGAAACUGUGUUCAAUCCAGAGGGGCGAUUGCGAGCAGCGGAAAGAGUUUCUGCUUGGAAAAACGCCUGUCGACAGUGCCGCGCGUCUACAUCUUCAACUUUGUCAUCGAGGGAGACAAAGAUGAGGGGGCGUUACGAGAAAUUGAACAUACGCGUACUAAUCAAAAUCAUAAUCAUGUGAUGCUCCACUAUUACGACCAUUCUUCGUUCGCCUUCGUGCAGGAAAAUUGACGCUUGAUAUUUGUCGCAUUUCGUUUUCGUAUCUCGUUCGUGGGCAAAAGAUUCGUCACAAAAGGACUAGCAAUGAACAUGAAGAAGUUUGCCUUUGCAUGCGUACUAUAAUAACAUCGUCA